AGGUUGUUUUUAAAUUUUGAGUCUUCUUUAUUUUUUUUUACUCCAGUGGGUCUUUUGUUAGUGUGAAUGAUAGUUCUUAUAAGUAGUAAGUAUAUUACUAGUUUUAAUAAUAAGUUCCAAUUGUCAGAAAUUGUUGGACAUUUUUCUUCUGGUAAGUAUUAUCCUGGAUUAUUAUUUAUAAUAAGGAUAUUUUUUUUAAUUCUUUUAUUUAAUUUGUAUGGUCUUGUUCCCAGAAUAUUUCCCUUAAGUAGUUUGCCCUUUUUAACAAUGAGAAUGGCAGUUAUUUUGUGAUCGGGGAGGUAUGUAUAUUGUUUGUCUAAGAAUCUAUUGAGGUGUGUUUCUCAUAUGCUUCCUUUAAGGAGUCCUAUAGUUUUGAGUGUGUUUCUUGUUUGGGUGGAAGUAUUAAGCUGAUUGUGUCGGCCAAUUGCCUUAGGGGUACGUUUAAUGGCCAAUAUUACUGCAGGUCACCUGCUUUUAUCUUUAGUUAGGGGAGGAGUCUUUUUUUCCGGGGUGUGAUUUUUAUUGCCUUUUGGGUUUUUAUUGGCUUUGAUGUUGAUAGAGAUUAGGGUAGCUAUGAUUCAGUCUUAUGUUUAUAAUUUAUUGUUGUCUUUAUAUAUAGAUGAGAGACUUUAA